GUCGAUUUCAGCCUAUUGACUGGUGUAACCAGUAGUGUUUCUUCAGUCGAUUCACUCUUUGGCACUUAACGGUCUUGUCUACUCUGCUGUUUGAAUAAACCCGAGACGCAUAUUUUCUWGAUUGAUUAGACACAUUGCUUGAAAUCAAAUCUGGGUAUUUUUUGUCGAAGCAAGCCUGAUUCUACAUUUCCUUUUAUCUAAUUAAUUCAAACGGUAGGUUAUUUAGUAUUACUUUUAAGACAACAUGAAGACGAAAUUCAUCAACGGGGUGUCAUCCUCCCCUUCUAUGUCGUUGGGUUUGUUGAUCACUGAAAACGRACUUGAGGUGCAGCCAGAUACAGAGGAUGAAUGCAAGGACAUCAUCCGGCCGGAUGAGCCCGACCUGGACACGAAGCGUAAGGCAUAUUUAUGGUGCAAAGAAUUUCUCCACGGUGCGUGGAAAACGGUGACAGAAGAGGACUUUCAAAUCAGCUUAAUAAGGGGUGGCCUCAGCAACAAGCUCUUCCUCUGCGCCCUGCCCGACACCCAAACCAGUGUAGUUGAUGAACCCCGUAACGUCCUCCUGCGCCUGUAUGGAGCUAUUCUACAGAUGUCCUGUAAUAAAGGGGAGCCCAGACAGUCAAACAAAGAAAAUCUCUUUCAAGGUGCUGAGGCCAUGGUGCUGGAGAGUGUGAUGUUUGCCAUUCUGGCAGAGCGGGAGCUUGGGCCCAAACUCUAUGGCAUCUUCCCCCAGGGCAGACUGGAGCAGUUUGUCCCUAGUCGCAAAUUGGACACAGAUGAGCUGAGCAUGCCAAGCAUAUCUGCUGAAAUAGCUGAGAAGAUGGCCAAGUUCCAUGGUAUGAGGAUGCCUUUCAACAAGGAGCCCAAAUGGCUGUUUGGAACUAUCGACAAGUACCUGAACCAGGUGAUGAGACUAACCUUCACCAGGGAGUCCCACAUURGCAAGUUUGCCCGUCUGAGGAGCUAUAAUCUGCCCCAGGAGAUGGAGAGUCUCAAAUCUUUGCUGGACUCCACUCACUCCCCUGUUGUUUUCUGCCACAAUGACUGUCAAGAGGGAAAUGUCCUGCUCCUCAGUGGUCGUGAGGGCUCUGACGGACAGAAGCUCAUGCUGAUUGACUUUGAAUACAGCAGUUAUAACUACAGGGGAUUCGACAUAGGAAACCACUUCUGUGAAUGGAUGUAUGACUACACAAAUGACAAGUUCCCAUUUUUCCAUGUCAACUCAAAGAAUUAUCCCAAUAAAGCCCAACAGCUGCAUUUCAUUGGAAGCUACCUGUCAGAGACUGACCAGGGAUUUCAGAAUCUGAGUACUGAAGAUCAGAUGAAACUCAAAGAGGAGCUGUUUGUGGAAGUCAACAGGUUUGCUCUGGCUUCGCACUUCUUCUGGGGUCUGUGGUCGAUGAUUCAGGCGAGAAUCUCCACCAUUGAGUUUGGGUACAUGGAGUAUGCCAUGGCCAGGUUUGAUGCAUACUUUGAGCAGAAGCGGAGCCUGGGUGUCUAAGUGAGGGACCACAUAUAGUAACAAGGAGGUGGCAGAUAAAUGGAUUAAUAGCGCUUUACCUGAAAUGAAUGCAGACAGGGUGUAGGACCAUGCUUAAUGGGGACCUCCUGCUUUGGGAAUGACAUGCUCACUACAGUUGUUAUUGCAUGGACCAAAGUGAAACCAUGAAUAUCUGGUUUGGUGUUGAAUUAUGCCCCAUGCGUUGCUGCUCAGUGUUUACACAAUAUUAAGCUCCUAAUAUUACACAUGCUCAAGAUAGUUCUUGGCUUGUCUUUUCAACAAAAUAUCAGAAAGAUUAAGACGGGAGAAAAAUCUUCAUUCUGAAAGGAGGUCUGAGUUACAUCUCUGGGAAGUCUAUUACUCUUUGGAAAUGUACUGGGAUAGUGGAAAAGAAAGGAAGUCUCAAUGACCCUUGCUAAUUGAAAAGCCAGUAAUCUGUGACCCAACCGUGAUAAGCCAAAUGGCCAUGUUGACUCAGUGUCUCAACUUCAAUUGAUUAUGUUUGGUUCUUUGCAUCCAUGCUCAGUUUUCCUCCAUUCUUUAUCAACUGAAAUUCCUCUAAAAUGACUUGUAUAUGGAAAUAUCUAGAACCGCCAAUGAGAUGGGAGCAUCUCUGGCCAACAGCAUUUUUUCCCACCUGCAGUACUGUGAAUAUAAUGUGCAAAAUGUGACCUGAAACACAGUAGUAAUGGUAACCUCACAACUCUACUCUGUACUUACUCUUACUUUACACAGUCCCCGAAAUGGUUUCAGCUCUGAAUAUGUCAUUGAACCAGUAAUGAUAUUUAAACAGAUAUAUUCAUAAUGAACACAUUGGAUAAUACAUUGGUAAGGAAAUAGCAAGCAGCAAAGCUAUUAGCUUUAACUUAAACAGACAUACAAAAUAUAUGCUUAUUGUGUUAUUCAGCUGGGUUAAGCAGUUGUAGAUGAAGUUGUGAGAAGAACUGUUAGCAAGGUGUUACAAAAAUCCUCAUGUAGAGGUUUUGAAUGUUUAUAUUGAUAUCUUUAGAAUAUGUUUGGGGACUGGAAAUAUUUACUUGACUUUUUUCCAAUUCAUAACCGAACUGUGAUAAUUAUUGAUGUUUUAUAUAUGAAUUUGUAUUCUGUAUUUCAUCAUUAUAUUUGUUUUAUGUAAAAAUGUUUAUUUAAUCUUGUUACAAUGUUAUUGAGACAGUUAUGAGCCUUCACUUUGAAAUGUCAUCGUUAUGUACAAUGUCAGUGUCACUUUUUUUCGUUCACCAGAAACUUCUUUCCAAUGCUUGGACGCAAUUAGCCUAGGGACGAGGUUAGUGGCACUUUCCUGACCCAGUUUAUUUUUUAAGAUACACUUUUUCUAUUUUUUUCCUCAAAUGGAAUAAGUAUUUUUCAUAAUAAGAAAGUUGUCUCUUUCCUAUGAAAUAUGUCUCACUCCUGUUUUCUCCACACCUCCUAUAGUAUUGUGUGACCAACUACAUUCCAUUCUCAUGUAUACGUGUAUAUUUGUAUAUACCUUACACCUCUCUUUCAUGCUAUAUUAUUAGUUUGAGACAAAAUAAGAAUUGAUCCAACUGUUUUCAAAUGUAAUUGACAGUGUCACAUUCAAAUUUCUGAGUACAUCCUUGGUGUAUUUCAUGUCUUGCCAUCCAAUACAGUGAUCAAAUAAAAUGUACAUGUAAUUGAUUAUCAAACAUGGUAAGAAGGAGCUCCUCUACAUUACACUGAAUAUUGUUGAUAAUGUAUAUUGUAUACUUAUGGAUAGUUGAAUUGAGUGUCCAAAUUUGUUUAUGCUGUGAAAGGAUCCCAACUACUCUAUUUUGUGCAAACAUUUAGCCUUGCUUAGCUAUACAGCUAUGCAAAUACUCUAAAAGAAGAAAAGAUGUACUGUAUAAAAUAGUAAGGGUUAAGUGCUUUGUAAAUGUACCACUAUUGCAAGUGCAUACAUUUACUGUACCUUCUACUGCAUUGUAUAAAUACUACAGCAAAGAGAAAA